AUGGCUGGGCAGGGGGACACCCAGCUUGAGGACUGUGAUCAGACGUCCCCAGGGGUGACCCUCACCGAGAAUCUCAUUGCCACAAGGAACCUGCCUCAGCUGGUGGAGCCCCUGCACCCAGAGAGCCGAUCCACAGAACUGCUGUCCCCCUCAACCAUCCGGUUGGACCGGGAGAACAUCUGCACUAUCGGGAGGCUCCAGAGCCUGCGGGAGAUUCACAGUCUCUACCUGCAGCAGAACCAAAUUGAGAAGAUCGAGAAUCUAGGCUGCUUUCCCAACCUGCGGUACGGGCAGCGGUCCGGACGUGGUCUGGGUCUGCCCAAGAGGUGCCUCAGAGAGCUGGUGGUGGGAGCUCUGCCCCAUCUUCUGCAGCUGGACGCCCAGCCCAUCUGUGGCAGCAAGGGUGAGGAAGAGGAGGACGGAGGCUCUUCAAGCAGUGAGGACGAAGACAACCAGUUGCUCUCUGACCCAAGCGACCCUUUCACUGCAGGCAAAGAUUUCUUUGCGGAUCUGCACCGGGAGCUGGCCGGGCGCUCACAGCGGAGACGGAGGGAGUGCCUGGAGGAACACUGGACCCGUCUGGAAGAGCUGGAGGAGCUGCGGGAGCGUCGGGGUCUGCUGCUGCCUCCUGCACCGCUGAGCCCAGGCAGGGAGGGAGCAGCCCCAGGCCCCAGGCGGUCUCAGCCCCCUCCCCAAGCGAAACCAGGGACACAUCUGCCACCCCUGCCCGGACCCAGCGGGCAGCAUGCCUGCUUGCAGCUCCAGCGAGCUCCCGGCAGGAGCCAGCCCCGGACCAAGGAGACUCACGCCAAAGGAGCAAGAAAUAGGCAGUUACCAGCAAUACCCCGCACCAGGAUGGCACCGCGCAGUUGCAAUUAA